AGUGGCUUAUAAACUAUUUAAGGAAGAUAUCUUUCACUUGGAUGGGUCAGAGUUAGAACUCCUGACCUCUGGGUUUUCAGUCUGUUGCAUGGCCAGGUAGGAGCAGAGGGGACCCCUGAGAGUUGGUUGCCAGCCACCAAUGGAUAUGCUUUCACCACCUCUGCAUGUUGAGUUUCAGAGCCAGGUUUGCAGAAAGAAAAGAAGCCUGGAAAAGAGCCUGCUUGAGAAAGAGAGAGAGAGCUAGUAAAACUUGAGGGGAGGGCAGAGAAGGUGAGGUGGAGGGGUCCUGGGUUCUGACUGCUGUUUCCAGUUGUCAAGAAUUUAUAUGGUAACGACGUUCCUGUACUACGCAGCUCCCUAGGAAUGUGUCUGACGCCAGCACUGAGUCAUUCCCAUGUAUGGUAAAGUGUGUAAAUACGGGGGCAGCUAGCAUUUCCAGACUCUGGUAUUUCCAGUGCUUCCCCAGGGCCAGAAGGCAGUGUCUGAGUCUUCAGGGUGACAACAGAGGAAGAAAUGGAAGAAUGCCGAACUGGGGAGGAGGCAAGAAAUGUGGGGUGUGUCAGAAGACGGUUUACUUUGCCGAAGAGGUUCAGUGCGAAGGCAACAGCUUCCAUAAAUCCUGCUUCCUGUGCAUGGUCUGCAAGAAGAAUCUGGACAGCACCACUGUGGCCGUGCAUGGUGAGGAGAUCUACUGCAAGUCCUGCUAUGGCAAGAAGUAUGGGCCCAAAGGCUAUGGCUAUGGGCAGGGCGCAGGCACCCUCAGCACUGACAAGGGGGAGUCUCUGGGCAUCAAGCACGAGGAAGCCCCUGGCCACAGGCCCACCACCAACCCCAAUGCAUCCAAAUUUGCCCAGAAGAUUGGUGGCUCUGAGCGCUGCCCCCGAUGCAGCCAGGCAGUCUAUGCUGCGGAGAAGGUGAUUGGUGCUGGGAAGUCCUGGCAUAAGUCCUGCUUUCGAUGUGCCAAGUGUGGCAAAGGCCUUGAGUCAACCACCCUGGCAGACAAGGAUGGCGAGAUUUACUGCAAAGGAUGCUAUGCUAAAAACUUCGGGCCCAAGGGCUUUGGUUUUGGGCAAGGAGCUGGGGCCUUGGUCCACUCUGAGUGAGGCCACCAUCACCCACCACGCCCUGCCCACUCCUGCGCUUGUCAUCGCCAUUCCCUUCCCAGCAGCUUUGGAGACCUCCGGGUUCAUUUCUCUCAUGCCUGCCACAGAUCACUAAUGACUUGAACUUGGGCAUCUGGCUCCCUUUGGUUUGGGGGUCUGCCUGAGGUCCCACCCCACUAAAGGACUCCCCAGGCCUGGGAUCUGACACCAUCACCAGUAGGAGACCUCAGUGUUUUGAGUCUAGGUGAGAGCAGGCCCCUCUCCCCACACUUCACCCCACAGAGCUCUGUUCUUAGCCUCUUGCGCUGCACGUCCACCAUCAGCUGGCCAAGACACCUGGGGACACAUCUUGGCGCCCAGAGGAGCAGCAGCAAUAGGCUGGAGGGAGAGGGAAGCAAGACAAAGAUGAGGAGGGGGGAAGGCUGGGUUUCUUGGAUCCCAGAGAUUCUCCUCUGUGGGAAAGAAGGUGGGUUUCCUGGUGUCCCUCAGAGUAAGCCUGAGGAGUCCCAGCUUAGGGAGUCACUACCACAGGCAGAGAGGCAGGCAGCGGGGUCCUAGGAGCCGCUGCUUCUCCAGGCCUCUUGCUUUAGAGACUUUGUGGAACGGAUAGCCUCCCACUAGGAGUGGGAGGAGAAUAACCCAGGUCUAAGGACCCCAAAGUCAGGAUGUUAUUUGAUCUUCUCAGACAUCUAGUUCCCUGCUUGAUGGAGGGAUCCUAAUGAAAUACCUGAAACAUACAUUGGCAUUUAUCAAUGGCCCAAAUCUUCAUUUAUCUCUGGCUUAACCCUGGGUCCUAAGGCUGUGGCCAGCAGAGCCCAGGCCAGGGUUCUGUUCUUGCCACACCUGCUUGAUCCUCAGAUGUGGAGGAAGGUAGGCAUAGCCUCAGUCUUCAUCCAAACACCCCUUUCCUUUGCCCUGCGACCUCAGAAUCUUCCCUUUAACCCAAGACCCUGCCUCUUCCACUCCACCCUUCUCCAGAGACUCUUAGAUCACAUCAUUCCACCCCUUCCAGGCCCCAGGUUAGGAGUAGUGGUGGGAGGAAGGGAAAGGGCUGGGCCUCACUGCUCCCAGCGACUGAAAGGACAACACUAUCUGGAGCCACCCACUGAAAGGGCUGCAGGCAUGGGCUGUACCCAAGCUGAUUUCUCAUCUGGUCAAUAAAGCUGUUUAGACCAGAA